AUAAAUCAAAAGAAGAUUUUAAAGCGAAAAUAGGAGUAGAAAAAGAUAUAAUGACAACUAGUAGUGAUGGAGAAAUAGAUGAUAAAAUAAGAGUAGUUAGUAGAAUAAACAUUGAUGAAACUGGUCAAACCAAUGUUGAUUGA